AUGAGAUUUAGUUGCGCUUUUGACUUAGCUUUACGCGGUCGCUCCAAGAAUCAGAGUUAAAUUUUGAAAGUUCUCCCAAUUAUGGCGUACAACGCACACAAUUUGAUACUUUUAUUGGUCUUUCUGGUAGCUGUGGAAGCGCAUUCAACAGUACAGCCGCAACAGUGGAGAGACGACAAAUCGUAUAUGAUUAACCAGACUCAAGCAAUUCAGUCGCAUACAGGAAACAAAUCUACAACUCCGAGUUCCAGCGCAGAUUCAACUGACAACGCGUUUAAAUAUGCAAACCACAUCAGGUAUUUGAGCUCACUUAUACAUCGAUUUUCAUACCAUCUGGAGAUGCAAAAGGAUGCCAUUAAACGGCAAGAGACGGCCAUAAUUAAACUUCAAGAUGACAAAAGCGCUUUGGAAAGGAAGAGCGAUCAAAAUAAGCGCUAUAUAGAUCAGCUGAUCGCACAAACAUCAGAGCUAAAAUCGAAAUUAAAUGCCGAACAGUCCAGCAUGGAACAGCUAAAGCUGUGCGCACCCAGGAACUGUUUGACCUUGGCCAAGCGCACACAACAAGUGGGAGCUAGUCAUGUGCCAGGCAGUGGCUCAAUUUCCCUUCCCAGUCAAGACGAACCACUAGCUGCCGGCAUCUGGACUGUUGUACAGCGACGCGUAGACGGCAGCGUUAACUUUUAUCGCAAUUGGAGCGAUUAUCAAAUCGGUUUUGGCAAUAACCAAACGGAGUUCUUCAUAGGCUUGGAGACCCUGCACCACUUGACAAGCGCCAAGGAGCAUGAGCUGCAUAUCAGACUGACAGAUUUUGCGAAUGAAACCCGCUUUGCGCAGUAUAAUCAGUUUUUAGUGGGCAACGCUCAAGAACAAUAUCAACUGAAAUCUCUGGGAAAUUACUCAGGUAAUGCGGGCAAUGCUUUGAUCUAUAAUCUGCACCAAAAGUUCAGCACCUACGAUCGUGAUAAUGACUACGAUGAUGACAAUUGCGCUGAGGACAUGCACAGCGCCUGGUGGUAUCGCGCUUGUGGUGCCAGUGACCUCAAUGGAGUGUAUGUGAAGCAAAAUGUAACUGAUUACCAUGCGGAUAAAGGCAUACUUUGGGCUGGCUCAGACUGGCAUGACUGGGAGUAUUCUUUCAAAUCUGUUACCAUGAUGAUUAGACCGAAAUAAGUAACCAGAAAUUGAAGUUAUAUUUAUUCAGAUUAAGCUAACUGUUAUUAGUUAUCAGCUCAAUAACAUUAACUUCCUUUCAGAUAGGUUGUAACCAUAGUAACUGCUAUCAAACAUAAUAUUCCUUUUAAACUGUAUAAGUUCCCAAUACAAUAAAUAUUAUGGCUAAUUCAUUUCAUGUCCACAAUCUCUAGAUAUAGCAAA